AUGGCGCGGCGGGCCCCCCCGGCGCGGUUCGGGCCGCUGCAGCUGGUGCUGGCGGCGGCGGGGGCGGCGGCGGCGGCGCUGGACGUGUGCGCGGCCGCGGGGCUGGCGGCGGGGUACGCGCGGGGGGGGCAGCCCGGCCGGGCCGCGCUGGCGCUGGCGCUGCUGGCCGCCGCCUCGGCCGCCGCCCAGGCCUGCAGCUGGCUCUGGCUGCGCUCCGACCCGCCCGCGCUGCGCCCCGGCCUGCCCGCGGGGCUGCUCGCCGCCCUCCACCUCCUCCAGCUCGGCGUCCUCUUCAGGUGCCUCUAUGCUCUGAAGGUGGGCUGGAAGGUGUGCUGGGCAAAGGCAGAGGAGGAGGAAGAGCAGAGCCGCAUGGCCUUCCUCUCCCAUGACAUCAGCAUGCUGCGCCUCUUCAAGACCUUCCUGGAGAACACCCCACAGCUCACCCUGAUCCUCUACGUUAUCCUGCAGACAAACAAGGCAGAGCCUUCCCAGGGACUGGGGAUCUGCACUGCGUUCCUGUGUGUGACCUGGUCUCUACUGGACUACCACCAGUCCCUGCGUUCCUUCUUACAAGACAAGUACAAGCUGAGCCUGGGCUCCUCCAUUGUCUACUUCCUGUGGAACCUCUUCCUCAUCUGCCCCCGCAUCCUCACGGUCGCCCUCUUCGCCCUGCUCUGGCCCUACGGCAUCGCUGUCCACUUCCCGCUCGUGUGGCUGGCGAUGUUCCUCUGGGUCAGCCUGCAGGGCACAGACUUCAUGGAGUCACCCGGCCCUGAGCAGCUCUACCGGGCCGUGGUGGCCGUGAUCCUCUACUUCAGCUGGUUCAACGUGGCAGCGGGGAGGACGCUGUACCGCAGCAUCAUUUAUCACAGCUUCAUCCUGGUGGACAGCACGCUGCUGGCCCUGUCCUGGCUCUGGUGCCGAUCCCCCUCUGACGAGCAGUCGUACCUCGUCCUAGUGCUCUCCGCUGCCCUGCCCUGCUACCUGCUGGGGCUGUCACUGCGGGUCACCUACUACAAGUGGCUGCACCCCAACGUGUGGGUACAGCAGGAAGGUGGCUAUGACGAGGUGGAUGCCAAUGGUAGGAGCGAGGGACUGGAGUUUCACUUGCUCUCGGUGCCAGCCCUCACGAACAGGCGGAUGCGGUGGCUGGCCCAGACCCACUUCCAUGUCCCGCAGCCGCUGGGGCAGCGCUUCCAGAACAGGGCUGCUGCUGUUGAGUCGUCUGUCUGAGGCUGGGAAGGUGGAUCUCUUAGUCCUGUUCCUGCUUCUGCCCCCCGCCCCAGCUGUUGUUUGGGGCAGCUGGAGGGGCCCAGCAGAAACCAGGGGAUGUGCAAGUGCCCAGCAAGUCCCCUGGCACACAGCAUGGCUCCCAUGGCUUUGCCCUCAGGGAGGGCCGUUGUGUUCGGGGGGUGGGGGGGUCCAGCCCAUUGUGGCUGUACUGCUAUGUCAGCUUCUCUCAUUAUUUAUUAUUAGCUUUUUCAAAGAAAAAAAAAAAGCACAACAGUU